AUGACAGAAGCAGACGGUGAAUCCGGGAGAGCGAGAGAGAAGGAGAUCGAGAAGGAGAAUGCGGAGCACAAUGCUCACGUCAAGUGGCUGCUGGAGCAAUGCGUCACGUUGACCAGAGAAAAGAACGAGGCCAAGGAGGAACUCCAACGUUCCAAGGCUGAAAUGAUGUCGCUCACUAGCGAAAAUGCAAGGCUCUCGCAAGAGAUUGAUGAUACCAAGGCGCAAACAAGCGCAGAAGUCGCCGCGAUGCGGGACAAGCAUGCCAAGACAUUGGAAAGGCUGAUGGAUGCCACGUGUAUCGAGGCCAGCGGCGAGGAAGACGAGCCACUGUCCCUCAAAAGAGCCCUGGAGAAGAAUCCCAAGCUGUUAUCUAACGAGGCAGACAAGCAAUGGAUCGCAACUGCGAUGACCGUAUGUGCACGCCUCAUCUCACUCAACGUAAUUGAUGAGCGCAUGGCCUAUAAGGACGUGAUUACAGAGCUCGCCGGAGCUCUUGUGGACGAUGACAUCUACCAGAAGAUUGUCAGCUUUCUGGAGAAGGCUGAGUACAAGGAGAACUACUGUCUGUGGCAGGCGUUGACUAACGGUGUCGAAGAAGUGGACGUACUGAGCGGGGACAAGUGUUCGCUCCAUCGCGAUACAAAUAUACACUGCCUGCGCGUGAGAGUGGUGGCCAGGAACGAAGAGGACCAUCUGGUAGUUGCCAGACGCCUCAGGGCUGAGUGA